CGGGGUAGUACCCAAUCCGCGUCCGUCCCCAGUAAUCCAUGUUCGAUAUCAACAGAGUAGCCUGAUGGAAAACUUCGGUCUCUCACACACGUCUCAGAUUAACACGUGUGCCCGCCGGACGAGAAGCAGAGCGUCUCUCUAUCGAUUUUCCUGUUUUAGGGUUUAGGGUUUCAGCUCUUCCGGAUUCAAGCUCUUUCUCCUUCCCAAAAAUGGGAAAGAGAGUGAAAACGAAGGCGAAGGUGGAAGAAGAAGAGAUGGAAAAAUCCACGUCGUUAAGAUAUCUGAGCAGCGACGAAGACGAGGCAAACGAGGAUCUGAGCCUCGAGAUCGUCGAGAGGGCGAAGAGGAGAAGGGGCGAGGAUUCGGUGGAAUUCGAGCAGACUAUUUCUCGAUCGGCCUCGGGUGUCGUUACCGUGGCUCUGUCGCGUUUGGAUGGAGUUGAAAUCGCCGCGGGCGGAGGAGAGGUGAAGAAGAAGGAGAAAGUGAAGAAGAAGAAGAAGAGGAAGAAGGAGAUUGAAGAAGAGGAAGAUGUUGAUGUCGUAAAGGCAGAACAAUGUUUAGUAACACCCAGUGAUGUGGAUGCAGAAGCAAUUAGAAUAUUCGACAAUGAUAUAAUGGAAGAAGAGAGCUUCGUGAGAGUUGAAGAUGUGGACUUGGAAGCUAUUGGAAUAUUGGAUAAUUUUGUAAAAGCAGAAGAACCUCUGGAAACCAUUGCAGCUGAAAGAUCAGAUAAUGUUGUGCUACGGAAGCUUCUUCGUGGACCUCGGUAUUUUGACCCACCUGAUAGCCGGUUGGAAACAUGCUAUAAUUGUGGCGAGGAAGGUCAUAUUGUGGCAAAUUGUACAGAGGAGAAGCGGAAGAAGCCGUGCUUUGUCUGUGGAAAGUUCGGGCAUGGUGCCAGGCAAUGCACACAGGGGCAGGAUUGUUAUAUCUGUAAAAGAAGAGGCCACUUGGCAAAGAACUGCCCAGAGAAACACAAAGGGAGCACCCAAAAUUCGAAAAUCUGUCUACGCUGUGGAGAUAUAGGGCAUGAUAUGUUAUCAUGUAAAAAUGAUUAUGUACUAGAUGAUCUGGAGGAGAUCCAGUGUUACAUUUGCAAGAAAUUUGGACAUCUUUGUUGUGCGAAUAUCAUAGAUGCUGGUUCAAGAGAAGUUUCAUGUUACAACUGUGGCCAAUCAGGCCACACCGGUUUAGGAUGCGCAAAGGUGCGCGGGGAGAUGAAUGAUGCAGUGUCACCUACUUUAUGCUAUAAAUGUGGAGAAGAAGGGCAUUUUGCACGGGGGUGCAAAAACUCUGCUAAGUCUGGUUGGUGGAUUGGAGAACCUUCAACGCCUACUCAGAGACUUUCUAAAGAAUGCAGAGACCUGAGAUUUAGAUCUGCACCUCAUGAUGUUGGUAAAGUCCAUAAAAAGAAGAGAAAGUCUAUUGAAGGGAGAAAGAUUAUGAGCUCUGGGAAAUCAAAACAGAGGGGUGGUUGGCUUACUGAUGAUCCAGGAGAACCCAAGAGAAAAGCCAAAAUGAAGGGUUGGACGUCUCCUUCAACACCGGCCAAAAAGGAUCACAAGCUUUAUAAUUUCACGCCUGAUCGGCAUCUUUCAAGCUCUCAAUCUCCUUUUAAGAAGCACAAGAUUGUCCCAGGAACUUCAAGUUCAAAUGCUUCGAAGACGCCUUUCAAGCAUGGAUUUUCAGCCUCAAGGUUCAGUAAUUCUAGGGGUCAUUUUGGGAACCGAGACUUUUAAGGUUAAAAUAGACGAGAGAGAAUUGCUAUUCGAAGGAGAUAAAAGCUGCCCAAUCAAUUUGCAAUGUCCUGAAAAUGAAGUGCUAUGCAUAGGGAUGUCUUCUACACCACCAGGCUGUUGCUUUGCCAAAAUUUGAGCAGAUUCUGGUUGUUGCAUCUGUUAUUACCUUACCAGCCCGGUCAAGCCAGGACUUGUCUGGGUCAACUAGGGCAGAUUGCUAACCAGAAUCAGGCUACGCAGGAGGGCUGAAACUUCGGCGAAGCACCGUGCACAAACCGGACAUCCGAUCGUCCUGAAAUUUGGUGUGAAGGUGGACCACCCCUGGCUGACCAGACCCAAGUUGGCCGAUUUCAGAUUCGUAGGCCCCACACACGUGCGGCCAGGAUCCCACGCACAUGCGUCUGGGCCCAACUGCUGUCCACACGUGUGGAUCAUAUCGGAGCUUUGGAGCCAUCGAUCUGCCUGCAGAUUUUGGUGCAAAACAAGGGCAUGAAUCUUGCUGCACUUCUCCAGGCAUUGUUUCUGUACAUGACAAUCGGCGGAUGGGAAUAAUGUUUAGAACCAGCUUAGUUUCAUCUUCCAGGUGAUUGCUAUCUGGAAUUUUGCUAGAUUAAAAGCGCUUUUAAUUUAUCUUAUUUUUCCAGGAA